GCCGCCGCCUCGGGGUAGCAUGGCCGUGAGCGCGGCGGCUGCCCCCGGCGCAGAGCCGCUGCCCCGCAGCAUCUUCAAGAAGUUCCUGGUGAUGCUCUGCUCCCUCCUCAUGUCCCUCUACGUCUUCUACUGCUUGGCCGACCGCUGCCAGACCCUGCCCGGACCCAUCAUCGCCGCCGGUGCCGCCUCGGAGGAAGAGGAGGGCGGCGGCGGAGGGUACCUGGGGGGCUCUGCCGAGCUGCCCCCCUGGCAGGCGGCGGCGGCGCGGCGGAAGCGGCUCCUGCAGCGGCUCAAGCAGCGGCGGCGGCGGCAGGAGGCGGCGCCGGGCGAGGAGGUGCCGGCCGGGGGCGGUGGGAGCCGGGCGGGCGGCUCGGGCGGCGGCGGGGGCAGCGCGGCGGGCACGGCCGGCUCCCUGACGCUGCUGCUGGGCGAGGGCUGCAAGCGGCUGCCGCAGGCCAUCAUCAUCGGCGUGAAGAAGGGGGGGACGCGGGCGCUGCUGGAGUUCCUGCGGGUGCACCCCGACGUCCGCGCCGUCGGAGCCGAGCCCCACUUCUUCGACCGCAACUACGAGCGGGGACUCGCCUGGUACAGGGACCUCAUGCCCAGGACCCUGGAGGGGCAGAUCACCAUGGAGAAGACCCCCAGCUACUUCGUCACCAAGGAGGCCCCGGCACGCAUCUCCUCCAUGUCCAAGGGCACGAAGCUCAUCGUGGUGGUGCGGGACCCCGUGACCAGAGCCAUCUCGGACUACACGCAGACGCUCUCCAAGAAGCCCGACAUCCCCACCUUUGAGAGCCUGACCUUCAAAAACAGGACUACAGGCCUGAUCGACACCUCGUGGAGCGCCAUCCAGAUUGGCAUCUACGCCAAGCACCUGGAGAACUGGCUCCUCUACUUCCCCAUCGGGCAGAUCCUCUUUGUGAGCGGGGAGAGGCUCAUCAGCGACCCCGCGGGGGAGCUGGGCCGGGUCCAGGACUUUCUGGGCCUCAAGAGGAUCAUCACCGACAAACACUUCUACUUCAACAAAACCAAGGGCUUCCCGUGCCUAAAGAAGGCGGAAGGCAGCAGCAAACCCCACUGCCUGGGCAAGACGAAAGGCAGGACCCACCCCGACAUAGACCAGGAGGUGGUGCAGAGAUUGCGGGACUUCUACCGGCCCUUCAACAUGAAGUUCUACCAGAUGACGGGGCAGGACUUCGGCUGGGACUGAGGCUGAAAAUAAUAAUUUAA